AUGGCCACACAAAUUAGUGAUGUCUUCCAUAGUCAAGACAGUACAUUUCUGGAAAAUCACUGCAUGAGGAGAAACAAUGACAGAGAUCCGAAGAAGCAGUUGAACCAGAAGAAUAUCAAUGAACGUGGCCAAAAGCUAGACAAUGGACUCCUGGUUACGCAUGUUAACCAGACACAGGACUUACUGAGGCUGCAGGGGGAUGAGACCCAGCCUUCAGUCUGGGAGAAUUCAGAAGACUGGUUUUCAAUGCACAGUUUAAAGUCUAAGAAACUCACUUUGGCUGACCUGAUAUGCCAGGGCACAUCCGUGCUGGAGGAGGCCAGCAGUGUCACGAAGAAAAUGCACUUCCCCACCCAGACCGUCCACCAAUUUGAAGCCAAGCUUUCUGAAGCUAUUGAACUCUAUCAACAGAGAAUUCAGUGGCUCACAGAAAACAGCAAGAAGGCAUUUGGCCUCAUCAAGGGGGCCAGAGUUGGCAUUCUCAUUGACGUGGCAGCUGUCAGCAGUGACCCUCAGAAAGAGGAGUUCCAAAAUGACCUCAUGAACCUCAUUGACGAGCAGCUGAGCCACAAAGAGAAGCUGUACAUCCUGUCCUUCGGUGCCACCACCAGUGCCCUCUGGCCCAACCCAACAGAAGUCAGCACCUCCAGUCUCCAGGAACUCAAGCUUUGGGUGAAAAAACUGAAGCCGGACAGAGGCAGCAAUCUGCUACAAGCCCUGAAGAAAGUCUUCGUUCUGAAGGGGCUGAAUUCUCUGGUGACCAUCAUGGGAAGCUGCCCAGAUCAACCUUCUGAAAUCCUGUCUGAUUACAUCCAACAGUCUACAUUGGGAAGGGAUCUCAUUACCCACAUCAUCACCUACAAAUGUGAUGAUCAGGUGCCGCCUGCUGUUCUGAAGAACCUUGUGGAAGCUUUUGGGGGCUACUAUCACUGCUACAGCCCAGAGACAGAGGUCUGCAGCAGCCGGGAGGUGGAUGAGCUCCUAGCAGAAAUCCAAAAGGCCCAGAGCCUCCGGAACCACAUGCAAGCCCUGCACCCCAACGCCCCCUGUGAGAAGUCCACCAGCGUGAUGCAGGAGAUUUCCACAGAGGUUGCAAAGAGUUCACUCAUGAGUCUCUUGCCUAAACCCCCAAAGCAUGAGGAUCCCCUCAUGAUUGAGUUCCCAAACUUGGACAUGACUUCUGCAGAAUGGCUGAAGACCAAUAGCCUGAAAGCCAAGAAGCUAAGCCUUUAUCAGGUUCUGGCACCCAAUGCAUUCUCUCCCGUGGAGGAAUUUGUGCCUAUUCUCCGGAAAACAGUAUCAUCAACUAUCCAUGAGAAGGCAAUGGUGCAGUUUGAAUGGCAUGACGGGACAGUGAAGAAUAUUCAUGUGGACUUGCCCUUCUUGUACGAGUACCAGAAACAGCUCAGCAGAGUGAUGCGGAUGUAUGAGAGACGGAUCGAGUGGCUCUCCUUGGCCAGCAGAAGAAUCUGGGGCACCGUCUGUGAAAAAAGGGUGGUUAUACUGCUCGAUAUCUCCGUGACCAAUUCCAUGUACAUUAUUCAUAUCCAGCACUCCCUGCGCCGCCUGCUGGAGGAGCAGCUGUCCAACAAGGACUGCUUCAACAUCAUUGCGUUCGGAAGCACCAUCGAAAGCUGGAGGCCCGAGAUGGUUGCUGCCAGCCACAGCAAUUUACAAAGCGCCUGGCGGUGGGUCCUGGACCUGCAGUGUCAGGGCAGCAGGAACAUCCUCAGUGCCCUGCGGAAGGCUGUGGAAGUGGACUUCAAGGACAAAGAAGAACAGCAGUCACAGGGCAUCUACCUCUUCACAGGGGGCAUCCCUGACCAGGACAUGGCCAUGCUCAGCGCCUACAUGGCCGAGGCCUGCGGGGGCUGUGACUUUCAUCUGAACGUGUGUCUAUUCUAUGUGGGUGAGUCACAGACGGACACCAUGCCCCCUGCCUGCUAUGCCAGCCGCACAGACACGGCCGCCGCCUACAGGGAGGUCACCCGGGCUGCUGGUGGGCGUUUCCACUGGUUUGGAGACACAGGUAUUUACGAAAGUGAUGAUAUCAACGCCAUCACGUCUGAGAUGGAAAAGGCUCUCAACUACUCCCAAAAGUGUGCCUUACUUGUGUCCUCCCUGAAGAACCAGUCUGGAAAAGAACAGCAAAGUGUGGCCCUCCUGAAAGAGAAGCCAAAUGUGCUCAAGCCGGGAAGCCAGCCCAGGAAGUUCUGUCCCUCCAAGCCCACAGCACCCUCCGUGGCCAGAAUGAGUGUUAAAGAUGACCCUGACAGAGAGAAGAGGCCCCCCUUGAAAGCUCUGCCAUGGCGUCCACUCGGUGGCAAAGCAGGCAUCCCCCCAGCUGCAGCCCUGCCAGUGAAGAAAGGGACUGCGGAGCGGAGGAAGAAGACCCAAUCAAGGGAUGCAGAAAUAGCUCUCUCGCUGUUCUACACAGAGACAGGGAAUAACGUGGGCUCGGUGUACAAGAAAUACCCUCAAGGAAAGGGACUCAGAAGGACUAGAUCACCUGUUGAGUUGCCCAGAAAGGAUACAGUCUGCUCCAGCCAAGAGUGGGUAGCAAAUUAUGGGCUAAAGAAACUAAAGAUGGAGGUCUCCAGAUACCUUGGUCCCAACUGCACUCAUCAAAAAUCAGUACAGACGUCGGCAUCAGCCAAAUACUGCAGUGUCUUCCCCAGCAUAGAGAUCAAUGGGACAGUGAGACACAUUGAGUGCACCCCCAGGGAAAUGGAGGUGUACAUCACACACCUGGACAAGCUGAUGCGCCGCUACAUCCAGAGGCUGCAAUGGCUGCUGUCUGGCAGCCGCCGACUGUUCGGUGUCAUUUUGGAGAGCAAAGUGUGCAUCCUGCUGGACACGUCAGGAUCCAUGGGCCCCUACCUGCAGCAGGUGAAGGCGGAGCUUACCCUGCUGAUAUGGGAACAGCUGCGGAAGCACUGUGACAGUUUUAACCUGCUCAGCUUUGCAGAGGGCCUACAGCCGUGGCAGGACUCUCUGGUGGAGACCACAGACGCAGCUUGUCACAAGGCCAUGCAGUGGGUGACCUGCCUGCACGCUCAGGGGAGCACCUCAGUCUUGCAAGCACUGCUGAAAGCUUUCAGUUUUCCUGAUGUAGAAGGACUAUACCUCCUGACUGACGGGAAGCCAGACACAAGCUGCAGCCUUAUUCUCAGUGAAGUCCAGAGACUCAAGGAGAAGAGAGACAUCAAAGUGCACACCAUCUCCCUGGACUGCUCUUGCAGGACUGCUGCUAGCUUCUUGAGAGACCUGGCCACCCUCACCGGGGGGCGCUAUCACUGCCCUGUUGGUGAGGACUUGCUUCUCGAAAUGCAGGGCCUGCUGACCAGGGGCUUCAUCCACCAAAGGGAUCCUGCGCUGCCACUAUUUGAAGGAGAUGAUUUAAGGAGAUUGGCGCAGGAGAUCACCAAGGCCAGAGGGUUCCUCUGGCAGGCCCAAUCCAUCAGGUCCCAACUCCAGAAGAAAAGGAACCCAGAACCGAAGGUCACUCUUUUUUAG